AUAUUGACAGUAUAAGAUUCUUCUUCACACUAGUAUAAUUAUCAUGUUGUAGUAGGUUGCAUGUUUAUUUUCUAACUUAUUAAUUAGAUUUAUGGACAGCACCAUCAGAUCAAUUAUAGCAGGUUACCUUUAUAUUUCUGAAUUACCAUAUUGGACUUUCUAUGAAAAUUUACUUAUUUUUGUAAGUGAAGUUAACCUAAUAGUAUUAAAAAAGUAAUCUGUAUACUGACCGGUGCAUAGAAAACUCAAUUUACAGUACAGGAGGAAACGGUAUCAGACGAAUCCUGAAAUUGUUGUACUUUAACUUACUACAAUGUCGGAAAAGUUUUUGGUGGAUAUAUAAAUUCAUUCGCAGAACCAAACCAAUCAUACCUUAAAAUUUUAUUACUACUUGACAUACAAAUUAUGCAACUUGGUUUCACUACUGAACUCAAUCAAACCCAUCCAAAGAACCAGAUAGUGUAUGAGGCGAUUUAAGUUGGGUCAUGGACCAACUCCCAUCAAAAUCAAGUGAUUUGUUUGAAAACAAAGUAUACACCCCAGCAAAAUCUGUAAAUGUCCUCUAGCCUACCCAGGAGCUCCCAGUAAAUUCCUCAUGUUGUUUGUUGGGAACUGGAAAUUAAGGCACAGUACUUCCAAUGGAGCUUUUAAUACAUAAGUACAAAAUCCUUAAAUUCACUCAGUGUCGCUUCUCCUUCAGACAAAAUUGGUAACGUGGUACAUACAAUUUCCACUAAACUGCUACCACGACACUUCAUCCUUCACUAAGCUCAUUGGAUACUAGUCUCUACAUAUAUUCACUAUCUUUAUUUACAUUACAUUCAACUUCUCCAUACAAUACUUGGUUUAAGUGUUGAGCUCUAUGAAACAAAAUACUAUGACUGAGUUAACCAUGCAUAAAGAAACUUAAUCAGUGGUGAAGUCAGAAAUUUUGUUUAGGGGGUUCAAGAUCAAGAGAAUAAUAUUUGACUUUAUAUAAUUUUCUGCGCCACCCAUCGGUGGUGCUCUUAACGUGGUACUUUUUUUUCUUUCUAGUAACAAUAGUAGCAUUUACUACUACUAGCUAGGAUAAUUGAGAGGAAAAUAAAGAAUGCAUGUAUGUGGAUGUCAGUGACGGAAACUAUGAACUCAUUUGGUGGUAAGCUGACAGAUGCUUGCCCAAAAGUCAAGUGCAAAUACAGAAGUUGUGGGAAGAGAAAAGAUUAUUAUGAAGUCACUUCCAGAGAAAAUCAAGCAUUAAACUCCAUAUUUCAGCAAAAGUGGAGAUGGUUUUAUGAACUGGAGAUUGGAGAUCCAUCUAGGAAUGUCAUCGAGAAGAUUUUUCGGGCAGCCUCAACAAAUCCAUCAACGCAACAUCGGACAAUAAAAAAAGUUCUAAGGGUGAACAACACAGUAGAUAUUUCAGAGAAAUUCGAGAAAUACAGAGGGGCUGUGAAGAGAAGGUCCUUUGGGCAGCACCCAAGAAGCACAGUUGAUGGAAAUGAAUUAUUGCAAUUUUAUGUCACAACAAUGACUUGCUGCUAUGGGAAGAGGAAAAUCAUUUCUGACCUCUGCAAAGACCCCAGUUGUUGUGUUUGCAAGCUAAUUCAAACCUGCUUCAGAAAUUCGUGCAAUUCAGAAAAUGGAAUUCAACUAAGCACAAGCAGUGAUGCCCCGUGUGAACACGCGAGUCGCGUCUCCAACACAAAGAAUGUCAAGAGAGCUGUCAUAGUUUGCAGGACAAUAGCCGGCAGAGUAGUAAACAAGGAUGAUAUGAAACUUGAUCAGGAGUAUGAUUCAGUUGCAAGUGGACUUCAUUCCAGGUCACAGUACUUGAUUGUAAAGGAUUCAGAUGCUGUACUCCCAUGCUUCAUCAUAGUUUUAAACUGAACAUAUUCAUGUUGUAUGCUAAGAAGCGGAUUCAGGAUUUAAACUGAAUAUAUUCUUGUUGUAUACUAAGAGCGUAUUCAGGAUUUAAACUGAAUAUAUUCAUGUUGUAUACUAAGAAGCGGAUUCAGGAUUUAAACUGAAUAUAUUCUUGUUGUAUACUAGAAGCGUAUUCAGGAUUUAAACUUGAUUAGUUCAACUUUUAAGGUUUUUAGAA